AUUGUUACAAAAACUAGUUCCGAAACAAAUGGCAUUAAGCAUGUGUCAAAUGAUCAGAUCUUGUAAUUUCUUUGGAUCUAGAGAGCCCUUAAUUAGGCGUUAUAUAUUUGUUCAUCGCAUUAUUUGAAAUACAACAAUCCCGAUAUUUGCUUAACACAUGUGUUAAAGUUAAAAUGUAAUUUCAGCAAUUGCACCACCUAGCUGUCCUGAGGUGUUCUCUAAAAUUGGCGGUCAAACCAAGCUUCUUCUUAAGGAAGUGCAAAAUGAAACCAAUAAAAACGUGUAUGGUGUUCGCACGAAUUUAUUUACUAAAGCGAUGAAAAAACUCCAUACUCCAGGACAAAAGCAAAUAUUGAUAAUGAAAGGCGAGGGUUUGGGAUGUGAUUACGUCGCUAAAAUGAUAUUCGCAAUUGAAUCUUCGAAAAAUAGCAAUGAAGGCUUUUACCUCAAUGACGUGUCUGAUUGGGCUCUCGCUAACAGUCAAAUAGCUGACACGGCUGCAGUUGUUUUGAUUCUGAAUGCUAACUUAUCUGAAUGGAAUACAAUUUUAGAACAUCAGAUGUUUCCAUCUGCAAACAGAGGUGGGAGUCUUUUGGUGAUUAUGACAACGAAUGAAAACGAUGUAAACGCAACUUUAGAGCCCUUUGUCCUAGACGCCUCUAAUCAUGAUGCGCUUCCGACGAAACUUGAAAAAGCACAUGUUUUUGACAUGAUGGCAAAACGGAAAGUAUUAACGGUAAUUACAGGAGAUUUAGAUAAGACAAAGAAAGCCACAAAAAAUGAUCCGCGACCAACGAUAACGACUCGUACAAGGGAGAGCAUUUUACAAGCUCUUGGAACUCAUAUGUGGGUUCGCAGACUUAAAACUUUCUUUGUUGGAGAAAUGGAAGAAGGAUCUCUUUUCUUCAGAAAGCCAGACCCACAGCUAGUUGAAGAAUUCAAAAAGUUAUUUGCCAACGAUCGAAUUUGUUCAAAAGCUUUGGGUUUGAUUGUUACAUAUAUGUUUGGAAGAUAUGAUAGCAACAUUGCAAAACGUCUUCAAAAUACACAUGCAAUCAAAGUGUAUCAGAGCGACAUUCGGGAUGCAGAACACGCAAGUACGAAACUCCCAUAUCCAAGGUUCAAACAUAUCGCAAACUAUUGUGAUCGAUGUCUCAAGCAGGUCGAGUUCAACGGAAACGACGGAUUAAAACAGCUUCAGGAAGCCAUGCUCAUUGAUGAAUCUAACCAAUUUGCUGGCGAUCAUAUUCGAAUUUCAUUAAUGGUAGCUUUGAAUGAAGUCAUUCCUCAAGGAAUAAUAGAAAGUUGCGACGAAGAUUUUUUUUUCAAUUUCGUCAAAUGUGAAAAAACAGGCGGAAAACCCGAGCAUGCAUUUAUCAGAACCGAGCAGGGAUUGAAGGCGUUCUUCAAAAGAAUUAUGUACCAUUGGGAGCAUGAUAUGAAACGGUGCAUUGGGCAUCAAGUGUUAUUUCGAAAUUUCGAAGGAUUUCUAAAGUAUCUGAAACAUAAAAAGCACAUGCGUUGGAACAUUUUAUCAAAAUUAGACAAUAACUAUUGUGUUCUUUACUAUGGGAUGGAAAGAGGGGAUCAAUGCAAAACACUUACAGAAAUCAUACUUAACGAGGGCACAUGGAAGAAGAAAAGAAAGCAAAAACACCUGCUCCAAAUGGCAAAGGAACAGGAAGAAAAGGCGUUAAUUCACGCAGCAGAACUGAAAAAUACAAGCGCAUUUAAAUGUUUGGUUCAAAACGGUGUACCCAUUACAGAAAAUGCUUUUAUAGCUGCACUUAAAGAAAUAGCUGUCGGCAUAAUUGAAUUCUGUCUAAACGGGGCUGAAUUUGACGACGACGUAUGGACGAACUGUCUGCAUGAAUGCCUCAGAGUAAACAAUCAUCGAAUUUUGCAAACGUGCAUGGAGGCCAAACAAUCCCUAUUGAAUCAGAGUUGUACAGACACCAUGCCGCUUAUUCAUCGAGUUUUAAGCGAUCAGAUGAUGUUAAAAGUUUUACUAGAAGGCUCGUGGAGUAAACACGUGAAUGUCAAUAUUAUUUAUCAAAGUGAGGGCGACAAGGGAACAACGGCACUUAUGUUAGCGACAGAGGAUGGAAAUAUAAUUGCAGUCGAGUACUUGCUCCAGAAAGGAGCCAAACAGAGGCAACCCGGUGUAGAUUAUCCACCGAUUUGCAUUGCUGCUAAGAAUGGUCAUUUGAACAUUGUGAAAGCUCUAGUUAAUAAUGAUAUAACGAUCCUUGAUGAUCCCGAAUGCGGCCAGGAACGUCUGAUUACGAUUGCAAGUCGCUGUGGAUUUCAUGAUAUCGUUAACUUCAUUAAAGAAAGCAAGAGCAGCGCUUAAUCGUUAUUAAUAUUUACUUAGUUUAAAUAUGGUGUUGUUAGGAAUAAUCGCUUCCUUAUUUGUAUAUAACUAAGGAUGCAAAGAGCGCUUCAAAUAAAGCGGUAAAAAUAAGAACGUGUUUUGAUUAAACACGGACUAGGUUUCUGGUUUGGCAUGCUUUUGCAUCGGUUUAAUUGACCGAAUGUGGUUGUUUUUUAAUAAAAACU